AUAUUCUCUAGUCACAUGAUGUCUAUUUUGUUUUUCUAUAGCUAUAUCAGUUUGGAACUAAACAUGAAUGGUCAAUUUUCUAGCCUAUCAAUCAAUGAGGCCGAGGGAGGUUACGACUACAAGUUCAUAGAAGAACCUGCAGACUCUCUCAAGUGUCUCAUCUGUCUGCUAGUAGUUAGGGAGCCACAACAACAUGGCGGCUGUGGGAAGCUAUUCUGUAAAGUGUGUAUUGACAAGUACAAGGUCUUCAGAAAUGACUGUCCACACUGUAGAAGACCACUCUUGCAAAUGGGGCUUUUCCCCGACCUUAGAAGUGAGCAGGAGGUGAAGUCUCUAUUGGUUCGAUGUCCAACAGCCUGUGAAUGGAAGGGAGAGCUACGAUCACUAAAAGAUCACAUACGAAAAGUAUGCGAGAACACUUCAGUUCCUUGCCCAAACUAUUGCAACGGUGGCAAAACAACACUCGUUCGUAGAAAUCUCGAUUAUCACCUAGCCGAUAGAUGUCCGAAUAGACUACACACAUGUACUAAAUGUCAGAAAAAUAUUGUGUUUAAGAAUGCUAAUAACCAUAAAAUGGUGUGCCCCAAGAGACAGUACACAUGCCCACACUGCAGGAAAGCUGGUGUGUAUGAUGAGAGAACUACUACACAUCUAAAAGUCUGUCCUAAAGUAGAGAUCAACUGCAGAAAAUGCUUGUUAAAAAUCUUUCGCUGUGAUGAAUCUGACCAUCUUUUGGUUUGCCCGAAUGAACCAGUUCAAUGCACAUACUACAGGAUUGGUUGUGAAGAGAAGCCUCUAAGGAAGAACUUAGCCAAACACGUGGCAAAUACUCAGCUUCACCUUUCACUAGCAACUGAAGAAGUCUUGAAGCUAAAGAAUAUAAUACUCUUGAAGAGUGCACUAACAUUCAGAAUGAAACAUUUUGACAGAUAUAAAUUUGAUGAUAAAGAAAAUUACAGCCCUCCGUUCUUAACUUCAGCCUCAGGCUACAAGAUGUGCAUACGUGUUGAUGCCAAUGGAAGUUGUGCUGGCGAGGGCACUCAUGUUUCAGUGUAUGUUUGUUUAAUGAAGGGAGACAAUGACGACUCCCUGUCCUGGCCGUUCACUGGGACAGUCACAGUCGAGCUACUUAACCAACUGGAGGACAAGAACCAUCAAAAGGGAACAACCAUAUUCACAGCAGACCUUGCGAACAGUCAGAGAGUGAUGGACGGUGAUAUAUCAGUGAAUGGAUGGGGCUGGCGUAAAUUCAUCUCCCACGCUGACCUCGCUCACAAGCCUCUUACAAACUGUCAGUACCUCAAAGACGACACUCUAAUAUUCCGAGUAUCUGCAGAAGCUCCUGACUACAAGCCAUGGCUGGAGUGUACUAAUUGACUGUUACAUACAUAGCUAUAUAUAGUUAAUAGUUUUACAUGUAUAGUACUGGUACCCUAGAUUAUACUAUAAUACUGUAUAGCUACUAUUAUAAUUUUAAACAUGUCUUUCUUAUGAAACAAAUGUACACAUGUAACACAACAAUAAUAAUUAUUUAAGACCAACA